UUGCAUCUUCAAAGUGGUAGGCAUGUUGUGUAAAUCAAAUUAUACAAACCCCCCAAAAUAAAUUUUAAUUCCAGGUUAUAAGGCAACAAAAUAGGGAAAAUGCCAAGGGGGGUGAAUACUUUCGCAAGCCACUGUAAAUGGUUCAGUUCACAUAAACAGUCAUUAUUUUCAGUUUGAGAGAUCAUCCCGGGCUUUGCCCCGUCUGCUGUAGCUGAGAUGUCCCUGGAGGACAUAGAACAACAAGACUAUGAUGUUUCUGACACUGAGACAGUCAGAGCCUUGUCCCAGUCUCUAGACCUGCCUGUCUGUGUGGUGGAUGACCACCUGACCUCUGAAGCUGUCAAUGAGAUGAAGCAAAGCAGCACUGUGGAAACCACAGAAGAAGAGAGCCUCAACAGUGCCAAAAAUCUUGAGUCUUUUUCACUGAUUAUCAACUUCCUGCAGAACCUAACUGAGGAGCAAUGGAGUAGGAUUCGUAAUGGCAUUUCUGACCCGCUGACAAAACAACAGCUUGCCGGCUUGUGUCUGAGGAUUGUCCAGUUUUUAUCGGACAAGCUGAUGCAGAUCAUCAUCCCAGGUCUUUACGAACUACUGGGCAUCCAAGAUGCUGCCUCUCCAUUGUCACAGAGAUCUCUCACAUCGUCACUCACCAGUCUGUUAGACGAUAAGGUUAACACCAAGUCCCGCGUGAGAUUUACUGAGGCUGGUGUACCUAAGAGGCCAGGCAGUCGAAAGUCUUACAAUAGCUUUCGCAUCCCGACUCCCUACCCUUCCUCCAACUGUAUGGAUCAGGAAGAGGAAGAAGAGCAGGAAUCACAACAACUUAAGUUCAAGGAGAUUUACCUGACUAAGGAGAUGGGCAGUCUGGGCAGUGGAAGCUACUGCCCAAAACCAUUGCCCAAGCCAGCCAUGAGAACCUCUCUGUCUGAUGUGCAGAAGAAGACAACCAACUCUGACUCGCUACAAGUCCUCUUAGGUGUCUCAGAGGACACCCUCGUCACCUGUGUGCAGGACAGCCUGCAAGGUUCUCUCUCCAAACUUGCAUGCAUGUCCAAUUCUCCAUCUGGAAGUGCAGGCUCUCCGAAGAUGACCCCUGCUGUAAUGGCAGAAGUGAUUAAAGAUGUCAAGUCGGCCGUAUCAGUGGUCGUUAAGAGUGCCUCCGCUAGCCAAACCUCUCAAGUGACACCGGUAAGGGGAGACUCACAGACCAAGGUGACUGAGAGCAUGGUGAGAGAGCUGGCUGCUAAACUUGAAAAAGUUGACCAAGAGAGCAAGAGUCUAACAGGGCAAGUCAUGGCCAUGAUCUCUGACACAAUGGUGGCUUUUGUUGACGAGAACGAACAGAAUUUGCUGAAAGAUCCCAAGGACAAGAUCACGUUUUUGGCAUCGCAUGUUGGCUUCAUUGACGAUCUUGAUGCCCUGUUAGAUUGUAUUAGAAAACUCUCAAGUGAGGAAUUCAAGAGAGACACCACUCAAGCAGUGAGUGAGUUCCUAGUUAAAAGGUCCAACAGUAGCUUAACUAGUGCACAGCCUGCUUAUUCUGUAGCAUCCAGGUCUUGUUCCGUUCAAAACCAGAGAACCUUGUCAAAGGAUAUUUGUGCGGAUUCUCCUGCCUUUGGCAUCAUUGACACAUUUGUGGAAGACCUGCAGAGCUUGGCGCAACCUGCAGAAGUAGAGGAGAGAGAACCUGACCUCCAGGAAAAUGCACAAAAGCGAAAGAGCAGGAUCUGGUCUGCUACCACUAGUUUAUAUAAAAAUAUUAAGAAGACAUUAAAGGGCUUCACCAUUCACCGGCGGAGGUCAGACGUGCAGAGAAGAAUGUCUAGCCAUACACCCACAGAGGACUCUGGACAUCUUGUGACUAAGGAGUACCUUGGUUUGGCAAGCCAGAACUUGACGCAAGCUAGUAAGAGUGUGCCUCACUUGCCCAGUUUGAACCAGGAAGUGACUCUACACACGGGUGUCAGCGAGAGUUCAAAACUUCUCUGGACUGAAACAGACGAGGGUCUAAUGAACAAUAGUACCAAACAGGUCAUUUCAACAAUCUUGACCUCAUGCGAGGAUCAGACAUCAAAUGCACCUUGCUUCUCCACAGUAGGAAAGAAAAUAUCUGAUAUGUCCCUUGAGGUCAACAUAUUGGUAGGUGGUGUUCUGUCUCAGCUGAAGGACAUCUCCUUGUCAAGGUCCCCAACACCAUGUGAAGACAUGUUUGAACGUCUCCAAGGUUCUACUGAGCGAACCUCUCCAGUAAGUCUAGAUUGCAGCACGGCUGCCUCCAAAGGCAUUGCAUCUUCCCACAGUCUUUCAACAAAGAGCCUCCAAAAACUUUCUAGUCAUGAGUUCCAAACCAAAGCUGAGAAAGGAGUGAGUGAGGUCCUCUCUAGGUCAUUUAACAUUGUGGAGGAAGGUACAACAGAUAAGUACCUCCAGUCUGUAUCUACAUCCACCACAUCUACUGAUAUUAUACAAACCAUAGUGAAAGAUCUGCAGGAGCUCACCCAGACCACCCAAUCAUCUGACAUGGUAUCUGGAACCUCCCUGCUCACCACUGGACAGGUUUCUGAGAAAAGAAUCUGGUCUGUUGCUCGUAACAUCUACUACAGUCUGCAAAGUAAGAUUACAGAGUUUCUCAGAAAAGAUCUUCAAAUGUCAGACACAACACUUGGUUCAAUCCAAAUAUUUACAUAUCAAAUCAGUCCUGCUUCACAAAGAGCAAGUCUCUGCCAUCUUGAGGUCAACCAGAGCAGUGUUACACCUGGUGGAAACGAUGCCUGUGUGGACAUUCCGCACAAAUUACUACCUAAAACCACUAAGCUCUCAGGAUCCAUGCUGGAGGAUAUUGGCACGAUCCGUUGUAGGAGUGCUGACAGCCAAAAUACAAGAAAUACCUCUUCUUCACGCUCCUCCAUCUCUCUAACACCUACUUCAAAAUCAAAGCAGUCAGAAUGGGACUUCACCUUGCCCGGUACUCCCAUCCCCACUGAAUUAUCUGCUCAGAUUGACUUUCCCAUUGUAAGAAACAUGAUCAUUCAGGACUUGUUUCACACAGAGAACUUACUUCCCCCAUCCUUUGUGGACAAAGUCAGGCAAGCUGCUGGGGUGGUAGUGGACGAAAUGGUGGAAAGUGUUGAGAACACACAGGAAGAUGGACAGGGUGCUUCUCAUCCUGACGACCUCCGAUCUGCUGUUAGGAAAUUGAGAAAAAUAAUUUCCACUGGGACCAUCCACAUUUUCAGUCAUGAAUUUGUGGAUAAAGUGAUAGCCCUUCAGGACAGCCACAGCACUCCACAGGUCUUAACAUUGGCAGCAGCCAGAAGUGCUUCAGACUCCAUUCUUUCAAGGCUGAAAUGGGGAAAGGAACAAUGUGCCAUAUCCAGGAAGCUCUCCUCUCAGCUUCUCCAGAUAUUUGCUGAAGAGACAGUGAAGGGCUUCCUAAAACAGUGGUUAGAUGAGUAUGAAAAUAUAAACAUUGAUGUUUCAGUCCAGAAUGAACCAAGCACCUCUACUUGCAUGGUCUUUCCUAUCCAGCUCAAUCAGAGCAAGCCAGAGGAUAGUGACACAAUGAAUCAGCUCACGAAGGUCAUGGUCAACAAAAUGAUGGAUGCCUUAUCAGUUGGCUCAAGUCAUCAAAUGAUCACCAAAGCCAAUGCCAAAUGUUCUUUUGAGUCCGGUACCAGCAUGGCCACCAGUGACAUUGUAGAAGGGAUGUUGGAUUUGGUAAGGGAUAGCACCAGCAGUACUGGAGAGCAGAUCCCCAUCUUCAAGUCCAAGAAAAGCAAGAAAACCAUGUUCAGCAAGAUAUGCUUUAACAUAAAGGGUUCCAAGAAAGUUAGAAAGGACCACUGUCCUCAAAAGUCUAUGGAGUACCAGCCUCAGAACACUUCCCCUACUGUGUACUUUACAGAGUCGAGGACAAAUUCUCAUGGCUCCUUUGCUCCAGAGGGAAAUGACAUCGCAUAUUCCUUCCCACCUGAAGAGAAGAGUCGCAAACCCUCCCUUUUCACCAGAAUGUAUAGAGCCAUCACUAGAAGCUUCUCCAACCCAAGAUAAUUUUCCUCAUUAAAUGAGAUUGCAUUCAUUUGUUGUCAUAUGUUGACUGUUUUGCUAGCACAGACUGUAAUAUGUUCUGCGAUUCAUCCACAUGCAUUGAGGAGUAUACCACCUCAGUCACAGGCUACAUCAAUAAGUGGAUUGACAACGUCGUGCCCACAGUGACCGUAUGUACAUAUCCCCGACAGAAGCCAUGGAUUACAGGCAACAUCCACACCGCGCUAAAGGCUAGAGCUGCUUCUUUCAAGGAGCGGGACACUAAUCCAGACACUUAUAUGAAAUCCUGCUAUGCCCUCAGACUAACCAUCAAAUAGGCAAAGUGGUUGGUUAGGUCAGGGUGUGACUAGGGUGGGCAAUCUAGGUGAUCUAUUUCUUUGUUUGGACUGGUAUGGUUCCCAAUCAGA